ACAAUCUCCCAAGUUGGGGCGUUCAUAUGUACAAGUGGAAUUGGUGUUGAAAUGCUAAAAGUUAGUGUUGACAGUUGACCUGUGGUUCAGGUAAAUAGGCAUCAGCUGUCUGCAACUUGUGCCCUGUUGUAAGUAGCUGACCACUUGAUCUGGCAGCCGCAGCCACAGCCCCAGCGUGUGUUUGUUGGUGGCUGCGCGCUCCCUGUCAAUUGUUGAUAAUUUUAUAAGGAACCGGUCUGCUCUUGGCUUUUGGAUGGAUGUUUCCCUCACCAAUCUCGAUGCAGGGGCAGGGGAGGAUAAGCUGGACAGAGCCCAACGGAGUUGUAUCGGGCGAGCCAUUGAAGGAUAAAGAAGAUUUGAGGCCACACAGCUCCAGCAGCGGAAGGAUGGAGGCUGCGGCCCUGGCCCGGCUGCCGGAAUAUGCCUCCACCACGGCCCCGCUCACCGGCAAAAGAUGGUCGUUGCCCCGUGCCCAGAGGCGAUCGCCCAGGGCGGCAGCACUGGCGCCCGGAGUCGCGAGCUUCUCCAGCGCAUCUCCCACUACGAGACCACCGAGAAUUCAACGCCGAGGCCCCGGGACAAAGUGUGCGGGGCGCAGGAGGCGGGCGGACAUCCAGUCGGACACGUACGUGCUGCUGGAGCCCGGGAUGGACGAGGAGUUCGUGUCCAAGGAGGAGCUGGAGGUUCGGCUGCGGGGGUGGCUGGAGAGGUGGCCGGGGGGCGCGCUGCCGCCGGACCUCGCGAGGUUCGACACGGUGGACGACGCCGUCUCGUACCUCGUCCGGUCGGUGUGCGAGCUCGAGGUCGACGGCGAGGUGGGCUCCGUGCAGUGGUACCAGGUCCAGAUCGAAUGAAUAGCUAGAGCUAGAAGUACCAUCCGACCAAUGCUGCGUGACUGCAUGUGUAUGUGGUUCGAACUUCGAAGGGACGAAAUUUUGGCCUGAGAUAUAUAGGGCCCUUUGGCGCCCGUGGACCGCGAACGUGAGUAAUAGUACUUUCGGAGAAAUUGAACCGUGUUAUUAGACAAA